UUUCCGACACCGGAGGAGUUGGAAAUUCAUAUUGCAAGCGACCAUUUGAAUUACUGCCCAUAUGAAUGUGAACGAUGUCGAUUUGCGAAGUUUCCUACAGAAUAUGCGCUAAUUUCGCAUUGCAAAAACGAUCACGGUCUGAAGGAAUUCUUUGUUCGGUACCGUUUCACAGUUGAAGGUGAACGCAAGGCUCUGGAGCUAAAAUUAAAGAUGCGAGCAUGUCUUCAGCGUCAGCGCAGUGGUUGCGAAGAUAACCUAGGACUGGGAACUUCAAAUGGGCACAGCAAUUCAUUUCACGGAUCAGUUGAAAAAGUAGGUGCCAGCAAUUCCUUUGUUCUG